AAUGGUUCCGACGCUCCUCUCGGCGGCAUCGUGUUUUACAUACCGCGUGUAACAUAUUCGUACAGCCCAAUGUUUUUAUUCAACGUGUUAAUGUCUAGGCUAUAUCAUCUAGCUUUAUAACAUGCCUGGGAUUAGCCUCCUACAACGGUUAUCAUAAUGCAUUUUUUUAGCAAAUGCGCAGUUCUGUAGUAACGUACAUUAAGCUUGUAACGGAUAUCCUUAAACCCUGUUGCAAUUUAAUAAAUGUUAUUGAUACUGCUGUUUAUCGACAUUAGCAGAUAACUAUCUUGUACUAACUGUGCAACAGUUAACUUCGUGCUGUGCUGAUAAUUUACCGACCGCGCUGAACGCAAAAAGCAUGACACCCGUUUUAGUUUGCUGUUAUUUUAUCUCUAAAUAUAUCUUCUGCAUACCACUGAAGACGGAGUCUUAUUAUAUAGUGUGCUUUCUAGAAGUGGAAAGCGCUAUAAUGCUUGUGUGUAGCUCUGUCAACGAAGGCGUCACAAGGGUUAAAUUACACCACCUGUACCUUUUUGGGAUUUGAAGUCUGUUUUGCCGGCCAUCACAAUGACGGCGCAUGAAGGAGAUUUAUCGAAAGAACUACAACCAGCCUACAAUCACCUCCUGUGAUACCACCGGACAGCUCCUAAGUCCGCCCACCCCUGCCCUCGGCUACAGCUUUCAGGCAGAAAACUUCCUGAAUAAGACACAGUCAUAACAAAAGGGGUUAUUGAAGCAAACAAUCGGAGCACCUGCGUCUGUUUUAAUUAUAUCUUUUAUAAGUCCACUAUUUUAUCACCUGGUAUGGCGAUAUAGUGCUAGUUAGCUAAUGUUAACGGCGAAGUUGAUCACCUGCUUUAAACUGCUAAUCUAAUUUUAGCGCGUUAACGCUACCUGCAGGUAUUGCUGUUCGCUUUUUAACAUUAUCCCCCACCUUAUCGGAACGCUGCUUCUCUUCAUUGGCAACAAUCUCACCACAGGGCCCCGUCUGCUCCCAUUCUGUCAGCCUCCGUGAGUGAUUGAAUGAGGUGAAACUGGCAGUGGACAAGCACACACACAAAGGGCCAUUGAUUGGUCAAGGAUGACCAUGGAAGAUAUGAAGAAUGAAGCCGACACCGCCUCAAUAGUCUCUAUGGCUCUCUACACUGUGAUGUAUCCCGUCUUCAACCAGUUGGAGAAAGUCAACCUAUCAGCAGCGCAGACCUUGAGAGCAGCUAUUAUAAAGGCAGAGAAGGAGAACCCAGGUCUGACCCAGGACAUUGUUAUGAAAAUACUGGAGAAGAAGAAUGUAAAAAUUGACUAUAAUGAGUCUCUACUCCGCAUGGCAGACGAUGUGGAAGAGUUCAUGAUUGACAGACGAGAGCCAGAGUUCCAGGAGCUGAACGAGAGGGCCCGAGCUCUGAAGCACAUCCUCAGCACCAUACCAGAUGAGAUCAAUGACAGAGUAGGCUUCCUACAGUCCAUCAAAGACAUUGCCAGUGCCAUCAAGGAGCUGCUAGACACGGUUAAUACAGUCUUCAGGAAAUACCAGUAUCAGAAUAGACGGGCACUGGAACAGCAGAAGAAAGAGUUUGUGAAAUACUCCAAGAGCUUCAGUGUCACUCUCAAAACCUACUUCAGAGAUGGAAAAGUGACAAACGUGUUUGUCAGCGCCAACCGGCUCACCCACCAAACCAACAUGAUACUGCAGGCCUUCAAGACUGUGGUGUAGCAGCUCGAGAAGACACACACACACACACACACACACACACACACACACACACACACACACACACACACAUACACUUUUUAUUAGAGAAUAGGUGAUAUGAGGCUUUGUAAUUUGUAAAGACAUUUUAUUAUUUUGGGCAGUAUAAUUUAUAAUUCUGUGGCUUUGAGUAGAGAUCAUGUAGUUUGAGGUUCAAAGCAAAUCAGGUUGACCGUAAUUGUCAGGGAUUUUUUACUCUCUUUUAUGUUUUUCUUUUAUCAGAUUCUGAAGUUGAUAUUUCUUUGUUCCUUUAACUAUUGCCCUCUCCGCUCAGUGCUCUGUAGUUCUUAAAAAGUUGAGGAAAAAUGUGAUUAUUUCUCAUGUCCUUAAAAGUUUGGUAAUUGCAAGUACAAAAAAGUACAAUGAAAAAAAGACAUUUCCACAUUUUUUUGCAAUUGUCAUUUUUCUAUUGCAAAACAUAAUCUUGAUCUACACAGUGGUAUCACAUACUUUGCAGUAAUAAUUUGGUACCAUCAGCAUACAUCAUAUUCAACUUAAAUCUGUCAAGAAACCAAGAUCUGGAGAAAUGUCCAGGAAUUUAAAAUGAAGACUGUGUUCACUGUCUGCUUUCUUUGUCCUGUACUGUUCUAGUGUGCACUGUUCACCCAGUGCAUCAUAAACACAACCUAUCCAGGUGA